CAUCAUCAACUCAAAAAGCGAAGAGAGGUGCGCGUAAUCGGAAUAAGAAAAAGGAGGACGCUAACGCGAGCGCGGCAGAAGAAGGUCAUUUCAACACAAAUACUUCCAAGAACAAUGCGACAUCAGCAAAGGCUACUAGCGACGCCAAAAAUACGACUUCGAAGGGAAAUAGUGCUGCGCCCCCUAACGAUCUCUUAGCCAAAAAAUCCUCUGACUCGACAGCUCAACUACCUCAAGCUACAACUAUUGCCCAAGGCUCUUCCUCCACUGAAGCGACGGGGGAGGGUAAAAACUCGACGCAGAGGAACAGGAAUAGGAGUAGAAAAGGGUCAAACGUGAAGUCUCAUCACGGUGAUGGCACUUCGAAAGAGCAACAAGUUCGAUAUGGUGGAAAGAUGAACAAAAGCAACGCAUCAAAGUCGAUAGGCGAGGUUGUGGUUGGACAAGUCGGAGAUGCAACAGCUGAAGAUGCCUCUUCGUCAUCAUCAAGAAAAGGUAGUGCUAGUGGCUUUACAACACCAAAAGCGGGCAAUGCAAACGCUGCUAGUACAACAGGUGGAGCGUUGUUUAGCAACAACAAUAACUUCAAAGGUGGCGUAGGAUCGGUUGGACGUUACAACGAAUAUCAACAACAUGGGCAUGGCGGUAAGCAAGGCGGACACCAGGGUAAGAUCAGUACAAAACUGAACGGGCAUCUCGCUUCCAACGCAAAAAAUAGAGGUGGCAAGCAACCUCCUGAUCCGACAGGUCGCUUCUCAAGUCCUGCGAUCUCGAUGAAAGGAGGAAUUAUUCCUACCUCUAGCCCAGUCGUGGCGUCAAACUUAAGCGCUGCUGCAGGAGUUGGCGGAGGAAGCAGUACUAUUGAUGGAGGUGGAGCGUCUGCAUCUAGUAUAAACACAAGGGGUGCCUCUUCUGGCGCGACAUCUCCUGGAGGAGGUACUACUACUAGCUCUUCGACGAAGAUCACUAGCGCAGCACCAGCAGUUACACCGACAGGAAACAGACUGACGGGCUCUGCAUGGGGCUCAGAGAGUGCUAAAGUUAGGGCACUUCGAGCUGAGACGCAGUCUUCGUCAGGGAAAGGAACUCCAGGCAGUGCUGGAAACAACACCAAGAAGGGAACGUCGAGUAGUACAGCAACAACCAAUAGUACUAGUGCAACACCGGUGAGAAUAUUUCCCAACUCAAACAGUGGCGAUGCUCUGAAUAACACCACCACAUCAGCGACAGCAUCUUCACCAUCCUCGGCUAAAAAUGUCAAUCAGAAGCAGAAUAACGCUGAUAAGGGUGUCGCUGCAUCCGGUGCCACUGGUCCUUCAGCGUGGAACAACAAGGGAAACAAGAAUAUGACAACGAGCACGACGAGUGCUAGUGGUGCCUCCUCCAAAGGAGUGCUAGAGGUGCCACCACAACCGCCUGUAGACCUGGUUGCUGGUUCUCCAGAGGUAAAGAUAUAUCCUUCGUCCAGUGACAGUGGAAUCCUUGGCAAACCUCUGGGCUCAAUCCCCUCAGCAAUGGACCCAAUAACGACACCGAGCAGUGGGGGAGGAGGUACUUCGUGGAAUUUUUUGUGUGCCGUUGCGGUAGCGGUUGCCCUUUGGUUUCUUAAUAUAGGUCUUUGACUUUGUCUUAUAGAUCUUUGUCUUCUAAUAAAUUGACAUAAUGUUUGAAGAGAUAGAAAGAUCUUGGUCUUCUCGGUUCAAAACAUCUUAAUCAUGUGCUUUGUUACCAAUUAGUUCUUCGACAAACUGCAGCUGCUCCUACACCCGACAGCGGCAUUAGUACUAGAUCAGCAUGGGGACGAACACAAGAUGCGUCGGAUUCGAAAAUGGCGCAACAUUUGAUGUCCCAGAGGGGUGAAAACAGCUAUGCUUUCGCACCGACUGCAAGAGUUGAAGCCGCAAAGACGGAAUCACAGGUAAUUAGAGUUUCAAUAAAUGAGUAGGUUGAAGUUGAACGUCAUUUAUUGACCUACUCAUACAAAAGAUACCAGAGGACUUGUCAAUCAGAUUCGAUUGGUACUUUUCCUUUUUACGCCAACGAAUUAAGUAUCAACCACCCUCCUCUACUCCUAGGUCGCCGCCGCAUCGAGGCCAUGGCCAGCUCAGACAGCGAAAAACGUGACUACCCGAGAUGUGGAAGAUGUAAUAUUGACGACAGCAGAGGAGUCGUCCUAUGCGGGUAAGAAGUACCUCGCCUCCAUUGGCAUCGUAGACGAGGAGCCAUCACCUGUGAAGCCGCGAACCGCAGACCCAGUUGGAUCGGGACAAGAUGAAGGUGCGAAACUGGACAGCGUCGCAGUGGAGGCUACUCCAGGAGGUGCAGGCGAGAGUGAAAAGGCCGCUGGAGAACAAGCCACUGCAGAAGGAUCAACCACUGGCGGGGAAGCUGCUGACACGACCUCAGCGAAAGAGCAGGACGGUGAAACAGGAGAAGAAAAAGAGGCGAUGCCACCUCCGGCGCCUUUGCCGCCGCCAUCCUCUUGGGCUGCUUUGGCUAAGCGAAAUGUCGACCCAUCUAAGCAAAUACAGGCUGGCGCAGUCCCCUCUGCGAAUUGCAGUAUCUUGGAUCAUUUAGCCUACCUAGCCGACCAAAAGCUAGACGAAGAACAUCCGAAAAAGCAACAUCUUUACCCCAACCCACUCUGGGAUCGCAAGUAUGGUCCUUUUCUCGCGAAUGGGGUAGAGCUGAAUCAGAAAUGCCAUGAGUACAUCAAACGUGGACUGGAGAACGCGCGUGGAACAAACCAGUGCUACGUGAAUUGUGCCAUUCAGAUGUUGCUCACGUGCAAGCCUUUGGUAACGAUUCUCGCAAAUGCGGGUGAGGGAGAUGCAGCGAGGCCAGUGACACAGGCGUUACGUGCGGUCAUGCGGGAAUUCCAUAUGCCUCAACAGACAACUAACAUCGUCACAACAGAAGGUACAGGUAGUACUGGUGAAAAUUAUAGUGCAACAUCUUCUUCUUCAGCAUCCGUAUCCGAGGCAAAACAAGGAGCAGCGUCGAAUAGUAACACACCUGUAUCAGCGGGUACUGGUGGAGGGAACAAGGGUCAAUUUUCAACAUCAGCAUCCGCUUACAGCAAGUGCACGACUCCAUCCAACAUGGCAGCAGCAGUACUAGCAGCAGCACCUAGCUGUACUACUUCUAGUACAACUUCUUCUUCUACUCCCUCAAACAUCUUUACCACGAAACUAAGCCCCAAGGCGGUCGAACGAAGAUGGAUGCUGGGAGUUCCGUUUUUAGUACGUGAUAAAGACGCUUUUCGAGACAAGGUCUUGCGUAAAUUUAGAAGCAGCAGCAUGGAUUCUCAGCAGGAUUGUGCUGAAUUUUUGCUAUUCUUGCUCUCGAACAUGCACGACGAGGGCAAGUGGUAUCUGCCUGCUGAGGUAGAGGCUAGCUGUACUUUGCAACGCGCGAGCAGAAGACAGUAUCAAGCUGUAGUAGGGCAGACAGUGUUGACAGGAGCAACAGGAGCUCCUGCAGGUGGUUCAAUAGGAAAAAUAAAUGCUUCUGCUGCUCCUCAACCAAAUGGUGUGCAACAGGAAAAAUCUUCUGCUCCUGGCACUUCAUCUUACCAACAGCACCUCAACCAAAUCAACAAGCAGAAUGAUGCCCAACUACAGCAGCAACAUCAAAACUACUACACUGCACCCGCUGCAGGGUUUCCCGAUAGAACUUAUUCUAACUCCUACUCCGUCUCGGCACAAGAUGAAGAUACUUUGGCGUCCAGCGCUACCGAAGCCCCUGGGGACUGGGAAGAGGUCGGAAAAGCCGGGAAAAAGAUUGAGAAGCGUAGCCAUCAAAUGCUGGAGGAUAGUGUUAUUUACCGCAUCUUCUCCCACACAGUGCAAACAAAGACCCCUAGUUUGAUCACGGAAGAACCCUUCCUGAUUUUGGACAUACAUUUGCCGAACAGCGACAAUGGAGCCUCUCACACGACAACCUCAUCAAAUCAACAGCCAAGUGCGCAACACACGACAACCUCGUCAGCCUCUUCAAGUUGUCAACAAGGUCGAAGUCCUAAAAAAGAUCAGCAUCAUCAACAACAAGGUGGGGAUCAGACCUACUUCAAUCUCACUGCAGCUGGUAAAAACAGCAGUCCCAACUCCAGCAUGUCCUCCGUUGCAGGCCAGCACUUGACUCUGUCCUCUCUGGUCAACCAACAAGUGAAUAGCGUCGAGGAGAUACAGACUAGUGCCAAUACCGUCGUCCGGAAAUACGUCAAAUUGCAGAACUAUCCGCCUUACCUCUGCGUGGUGCUAAAACGACAACGGUACUGCAACACCACUGGCGUCACAAGGAAAGUCCAGCGGCCCAUUUCGUUCCAGGAACGACUCGAGAUCGUCCAGGCGAAAGAGGACGACCACCCGACUUAUACGUAUCGAUUGAGCAGUUUCAUUUUGCAUUUUGGGGAGCAGACGGAGAGCGGGCAUUACGUUUGCUACAACCGAUGGAACGACGACUGGUACAAAAUUGACGACAAUCGGGUCAUCCGAAUCACGAACAUUGCGCAAGAGGUCUCUUUGCCUCAAGUCACAACUAGCGCAUACGUCUUUUUGUAUGAACGGGAGGCGAUGGGACAGAAUCUGAGGAUUGCGCCAUAAGAUUGGAAUAGCUAGUACCCACUAAAAGUAAAACUGCUCGCGAGGAAGAGGAUUCUACAUCUGUGGUUAAGAGUUUUGGAUUGUUCUUGACCCUGCAUAUUACAACUUGCAGCUUCAAUAACAGUUGCAGUUCUAGAAGGAAUAUGUAUAUGAAAGUUGGCCAUAACCAGAAAGUGUAGUUGUUACUUAUACUCACGUAGCUCCAGCUCCUCAUGUUCAUCUGUUGCUCUUUGUACUACUUGCAACAGUUCUACUCUCACUCCUGGUCAACAUCGCUAUGCAGAAUGAGAUGAAGCAAGAACAUAGUCAUAUUUAUCAGAUGUAGAACGUAAAGAAUUGUUAUUGUAGGAGUCCUUCGAGGUUUGACUGCACCUUCUUGUCCGUUCAUAUCCUUCCUCAUCGUGCUAGAGGAGGAGUUUUUAAGCUUUCUAUAUUUUCCAUAUUAUGAUCGAGUUUCAUCAUGGUGUUGAUGCUAAUGUACUUAGUCAUGAACCCGUACCAUUUUGGUCUUCACGUUCACACGAGCGUCACUCACCUAUUUCACAUACGAGAACCAAUUAUUCGCUCUAUUUGUGAUUAUAGACCACAAGGAAUGACAGUGCCGAAAAAAUACGCACGACCAACAAGAUGAUGAACUAUGUUGAAGCUGAACGCAUAACACGAUCUUGUAGAAGAAGGUAUGUUUUCUGUUGAGAUAUCCAAAAGACGCGCUAAAGUACGAG